UGGAAGGACGGAGGCCUAUGAGCGAGGCGACGAGGAGGCGUCUAGAGGGGCAAGGGGCGUCAAAGACGAAGAAGGUUCAGUCCCCUGGGCCGAAGAAGAGGAGGACGGCAGGGCCAGCGGGAGGGACGUCGGCUGAUGAGCAGACGGUGGCUGAUCGCCGCAGGGAGAAGAGGGCGGCGGAGGCAGAGGUCGUUCGGGAGGCCCACCUCCAAAUGACGGGCAAACGGCAGAUCGAGGGUCCCAUCGAUGUGACGCCGUUGCCGAAACGGCCAAGGGGCCCGAACGAGGGGACCUCGGUGCUGAUCCCUGAUGAUGAGGUGGAGGGGGAGGAGGGACCGGUUAACAUCGCGUGUCCUCGGAAGGCGGUGCCGUUCAUCAACUGUAUGAUUGACGGUGCCCAGAUGGAGCUGGCUGAGCUGGAGCAACUGUCAACGAAGACGUUGCGUGAACAAACCGGUCGGGCCUUCUGUCUCCAGGCAGCGGCUAAUAUGGACAUGUGGCUCUGCGCGAAGCGAGCUGUGAAUGCUGCCGAACGGUACCAAAAGAGAUUUGAAGAGGGCCGUUCGAAGAUCGCUGAUGCCGGAAAGAUGCUGCAGGAGGUUGUGAAUUUCAGGUAUAAACUAGAUGUUGUGAGUGCUGGAAAGAAUUUUACAAAGAUCAGGAAGGCAAUUACGGCAGGGUUUUUCUUCCACGGUGCUAGAAAGGACCCGCAGGAGGGUUAUAGAACCCUAGUGGAGAACCAACCAGUUUAUAUACACCCAAGCAGUGCCCUCGUCCAGAGACAACCAGAUUGGGUGAUCUACCAUGAGCUGGUUAUUAUGACCACAAAGGAGUACAUGCACGAGGUGGCGGUUGUCGACCCCAAAUGGCUCGUGGAACUGGCACAUAGGUUCUUCAAAGUGGCAGAUCCCACCAAGAUGAGCAAGCGCAAGCGUCAAGAACGUAUUGAACUGCUAUAUGAUAGAUACCAUGAACCUAACUCUUGGCAUCUUAGUAAGAGACGUGCUUGA